GAGAAAAGCACAGAGGAGACAGCAGAAAUUAUACCGGAAAGGACAGAGGAGACUCUAGAGACAACAGUUGAAAUGGAGGAAAGGACAGAGGAGAGGACAGAGGAGAGCGCAGAAGGGACAGUAGAGUCAAAUGGAGGCACCAAAGAACAGGCUGAGGCUCAGGUGACAAUUCUGCACAGCAGUCUCCAAAAGAAGGACCAGAGAAUAAAACAACUAGAGGCACGCCUUGCAAGGCUGCAAAGGCUAAGACGCAGGAAAAGGAAGCCAGCUGGCAUGCCAAAAAAAUCCAAGUAAUGUCAAUGAAAGACAAACAAAAUAUGCCUUUAGAAUUAUCAAGACUUGAUUUAAGGGAAUGCAUAUUGCAUUUUAACACCACCUUGUUCUUUCGUAGUCCCCAUGAAAUUAUGGAGGAGAUGCUCCAGAGGUGUCCUGAGGGCUGCCGGAACUUCAUUAGGGCACAACUGUCAGAGGCAGGGAAAAAGGACAGAGGGAGAAGGUUCAACAGACACAUGAAGGAUCUAGGGCUGCAGCUGUUACACAGCAGCCCAAAGGCCUACCGACAAAUGAAGGCCAUAUUCUCGCUUCCUUCUGGAAGGACACUUCGGCGUUACGUUAGCGCACGUGUGGGAUAUUUCUCUGUAAAUACGAAUUUAUUAAAUAAGACUACUCAACUUCGACCAGUUUCACAAUUUUAAGAUUGAACAAAAUCUGAUUAUUAACCUUUUAUUUCCUGACAGCCUGGCUUCCUACAGGGAAUCAUCUCCCAAAUGGGAGUCAUCGCCGCCACCAUGACCCCUGUGGAGAGGAUGUGUACACUCGUCCUGGACGAGAUGUCAAUCAAAAAACAAUUUGAUUACGAUCGCAAGAACGAUGCCAUUUAUUGUGUAUCUGCAUCUGGGGCUGCAGCAAAACAAGCGAUGGUCGUCAUGGCUAGGGGCAUUAUGGGGAAAUGGAAGCAGGCAAGCCAUACCUUAGAAAAACAUUUGUUAUGAUAUUGCCGUGUAUAUUCAAACACAUUUACCUAAGGCAUUUCUUUCAACAGACGGUUGGUUACUUCUUUUCCCCAUCUUCAAUGCCAGCAGAUGAUAUUGCUACCGUCAUUAAGGAUGCCAUUCGCCACCUACAUCAUAUAGGGCUGACAGUGCAGGCAGUAAUAUGUGACCAGGGAAGCCCUAAUGUGAAGGCUGUGCGGAACCUUGGGGCUAGCCUGGACCCUCUGGGAGGUGAGGAAUCCCACUGUAUCCUGGUGGGGGUUCAGAGGGUUCCUGUGAUUUUUGAUGUCCCUCACCUUCUGAAAUCAAUCAGGAACAACCUGUUCAAACAUGCCCUACAGACACAAGGAAAAACGGUCCUUUGGAAGCACAUCAGCCAAUUCUAUGAACUGGACAAGCUCCACACUAUUCGCAUGGCCCCGAAGCUUACUGAUAAGCACAUUCUGCUGCCAGCAUUUUCCAAGAUGCGUGUCAGUUUGGCUGCACAGGUGUUCAGCCACACUGUCUCUGCUGGCAUUUCUGCGAUGGUAACAUUGCAGAGACUGCCAGCAGAGGCAAAAGAUACAGCUGACUGUGUAGCCAAAUUAAAUCACCUUUUUGAUGUGCUAAAUUCCAGGUAAUUAUGUAAAAAAAAAAUAGCACCUUAACUUUACAAACAUACAACUU